AACUUCAGAAUGCAAAACGGGCUGCGUAUAGAUGGCGGAGAGCAAUGACUGAAGAGUUUGACGAAGAUGUGGUAUUUGAGAACUCUCCUCUUUUCCAGUACCUGCACGAUCUAGGGCACACAGACUUUGAGGCAUGUCCAACGGCAUCGCAGGAGGAGGAAUAUGGCGCACAAGAGGGAGACCUCACCUCUUCUGGCGAAGAGCCACAGAAGACUUCAGGAGGACGCCUAUGGAGACUGGCUGAGGCCUUGUGGAGAUGGAGCCCAGUCCACCAGGCGGCUGCAUCUCAUAAGCUGGAGCAGCAGCUGGACUGCGUGUUCGGCCAGUACUCGGUCAGGUGUAUUCUGGACCAGGAUGUGCUGCUUCAGGAGGACGUGGAGCUGAUCGAGCUGCUGGACCCGAGUCUGCUCACCCUGGGUUCGUCGCCCUCUGGCCUACCCAGCCGAGCGAGCACCCUGCCCAGACCGAGCCUCAUCGCCAGGCCCUCCCUAUGGGACAUGGCAGGGCUGGUCGGCCUGGCUGCAGUGCUGCUGGGACUCUGCUCCGCUUCUGAGGGCCUGUGGUCGCUGGCUGCAGCCCCGUGGGGUCUGGCCCUGCUGGGCUGGGUGGGGCUGAGGGGGGCCACGCUGUGGAGACAGGGCCGGAUGCAGAGAGCCGUCCACACCAGGGCCACACAGCUCCAGACUCUGGUGCACAACAGCAAGACUCUGACUGGACUGUCUCGCAAAGCCCUGCGUCUGGUGCAGGAGACCGAGGUCAUCUCCAGAGGGUUCACCCUUUUGCUCGACAGGGUGAGUGCGGCCGGCUCCUUUAGCAGGGCGGGGCCAGGGGCGGUGCCACGGGGCCAGCAGCUCAUCGGACUGAGGAAGGCCUUGUACCGGGCGCUCCGCUCGGCCUUCAGAGCCUCACGAAGGGCCACCUGUCACAUGCUCAAGGCGUUCCCUCUGAACUCUGAGAUCGACAAUGUGACAAACUACGUGUCUGCGGUGCCUCUGAAGGAGCUGGGUCUCGGCCUGGGAAUUGAGCACCUGGGUGACGAACAGGCCCAGGAGCUGACCGACGACUACAGCCUGCCCGCCCUGAAGAUGCUCUUCCAGCUGUGGGUGGGACAAAGCUCCGAAUGUUUCCGCCGGCUGGCUCUUCUCCUCUCACCACACCGAAUAGAGGAGCCGGAGGAGGGAGGACCCAAAGGAUCAGCCUCCCCUCCUCCUCCUUCCCUUCCGCCCCCGCUGCACCGGUCCAUCGCCGCAGUGACCGAGCCCCUCCACCACGCUCUGGCCAGCUGUCUCGGCGAAGUGCAGCGCAGCUACGACUUCCACCGACACUUCGAGACCCAGCCGAGGACGACAGGCUCCGACAGGACGGGACGAGCCAGAGAGAAAUGCCGAGAGCUCAACACCUUGCACACCUCCAUCCGAAGCCUGCAGCUGCACCUCAAGGCCCUGCUCAGCGAGAUGAUCAUCCUGGAAGACGACCUGGAGAAGCUCAUGGUGUCUAAGGAACUGACAGAGUUAACACUUGAGGGCUACCAGGACCUCAGCGACCGGCUGCACCAGCUGCAGCCACACAUGCAAGCCAGCGCUGGCUGCUGGGAGGACACCAUCAGCCAGGUGGAGCGCAUGCUGAGACGGGCCAACGCCUGUCCAGGUAACGCUGAGGGUCUGGAGCAGUGUGGUCCUCCCAUAGCUGAAAUUCCUGCUCCUCCUCCAUCCUACCCCCUGAUCCUGGACAGAGACCCCGUACCAGAGGAGCUGGAGUGGGAGGCCUACGUGUCCGACUCGGACUCAGACGGCGAAGGCAGAGAGUCGUGGUGCGACUCUCUGUCACCGGAGGAGCGAGAGCGGCAGCGGCGGGAGAGGGAGGAAUCUCGCCGCGUCCUGUCGGAGCUGAAAGCUGUCCUGGGCUUCCGUGCGUCAGAGGAGGAGAGGAUGAAGAGGAAGCAGCUGCUCUUCAACGACCAAGCUGCCGCGGCGCUUUCAGUUCGCACUGACAGUUCAGAUCCUGCCACAGAGCCGUCGGACGCCCCGAUAGGCUCAGGAGAAACCGACGAUGUAGAAGGAAACCACCUAUUGGAGCGCUCCGCAGGAAACGAAGAGGAGGAAGUAAAAGAAGGAAAAGACGGCAGGGUGAGGCCUGACCCCUCCACAGACCCGGUGACGGAGUUCAGCUGUGGUUUGGAGGGAGGGGAGGUGGGGGGAACCUCGGUGUGCAAUCGAGGAGGAGGAGGCGCGUCGGAGCUGCACCAGUACGACGGCGACGUGGAGGAGGGGGAGGGGCAGAAUGGCCUGGACUGCUUCCUGAAGCCCAAAGUCCCCGCUGUGUCUGUGAUGGACAGACUGACGGAGAUCCACGGCUCGGAGGCGCUCAGCUUCAGCUCCGCCCUCGCCGCACAGGUGGCCGCUCGCUCGCACUCGCUCAUCAACAUGGAGGAGCAGACGUUCGGAGACGAGGAGGAGGAUGAAGAGGAAGAGGAGACUGACAGACGAACCCCUGAGAAGGACUAGACAUUGAACCCCGCUGCUUUAACCGAGCACUGAGCAGAGACUGUAUUUAUGUCUGAUUGUCUUUUAUCGGUGGGUCUGUGUUACAUCUUCACUGUUUCUGGCGUGGAGGUAUUUCAAAUCACGAUACUCUCCGCUACCAUCCGUCCAUGUUACUGUGCAUCACCCACCAUUCUUACUGCUCUUUUGCUGUUAAAACUCAGGUACCAGAACCACUAAAACAAAAUACGACCUCACAUCGCUGAGGUUGGGAGAUCAGAAUGUCAGCAGUUUACCCGGUGACAUCCACAUAGUGUAUAUUGAUCACAAUCGUUCAGUGAAUGUGGAAGAAACACGUGAUUGGCAUCAUUAUGAAAAGUGUAAUAGAAGAAGAAAAAUGCAUUUUUUUAAAUUGCAGUUUUUCCUGUGUUACUGUAAUCAAAGCACUCCAGUUUGAGUUACUGUGAGGAAGAAAACUCUAAAGAUGUUUGGACAGAAGAUGAAUGUGACUGCUGGGCUGCUUGUGUUUAUUCAAUGUACCAACAGUUCAGACAAGCGAAGACAUCAAACUGUCAUACAGAGUUUUAUUUUUAACAUAUUUCUUCUUGAUACUUCAUGAACAAGAAAACCAACAUGUAGCAAACAUUCAACCAGGCAUAUUCUCAGAUGUGAGUUAGUGUCUGUGAUUAUGAAAGAGGAAAAUCCAUCCAUCAGCAUGCCAUUUCCAGACCUCGCUCUCCACAGCAACAUUUUCCAGUUCCUCCUGGCGAGUCCUGAGGUGUUUCCAGGCCAGAUGAGAUAUGUAAUCCCUCCAGAGAGUUCCCAGGGUCUCCUCCCAGUUGAAUGUUCCCGGAAAACCUCCAAAGGAAGUCGCACAGGAGGCAUCCUGAUCGGAUGAAUGAACCGUGUCAGCUGGCUCCUUUUGACGUGAAGGAGCAGCGACUCUUCUCUGAGUGAUCCUCUGAAACACUGAGCUCCUCACUCUGUCUCUAAGGCUGGGCUCAGCCACCGAAACUCAUUUCAGCCGCUUGAAUCUGCUAUUUCAUUCUUUCAGUCACGAUCCACAGCUCAUGAUCAUAGAUGAAAGUUGGAAUUUAAAUCGACUGGUAAAUCAGCUCAGUGUCUCAGCUCCCUCUUCACCGCAACUGUCCGAUACAUUACUGCUGACGCUGCACCAAUCUGUCUGUCCAUCUCCAUUUUUCCAAUCACACGAGAACAAUAUCCCAACACAGAGGGAUCAAUCCACUGUUUUCCCAUCAGAGAACUGCGGUCUCAGACUCUCUUGUGGCCACUUCACACUUGGCUGCAAACCGCCUCAGUAACGGUUUGACGAAGGUAACAGAACCACAUCAUCCGCAUAAAGGCAGAGACGUGACUCUGAGGUUCCAAACCGGACGUCCUCCUCAAACCGGCUGAACUUUGAGAUCCUGUCCAUGUAUGUCACAACCAGAAUCAGAGACAGAGUCCAACAUCCACUGGAAAUGUGCUUGACCUUGUGCCAAGAAUAUGAGCAACACUCUCUUGGUAUUAAAAGGUUUGGUUUUAAAAGAAGCAGGUAAAUAGUGCACUUGUUGGGCACUUUAUUAGGAAAAUCUGAGCAAUUUAAAGGUGCCGUUAGGCCUGUUGUACUAAAAAGUCAUGGUAAUGUUUUGCCCCUUUGUGUAUGUUCAUGUGAUGGACAAAAUAUUACUUUUCAGCCCACUACAACCUCACUAAUAAACACAAUUAGAAUGAACACAUCUCUGAUAAUGUCAACAAAAACCCCAGUUUAAUAAGCUUUAUAAAAGUAGAAUUUACAGUGGUGCUGUUGUAUCACAUAUGAGUUACACUGGUUUCCUAAUGAAGUGCUCUGUUAGCAUAGGUGGAGAUUUCAGGGAUCAAUGGACAUCAGGAUGAAAAAAAUGACUAAAUAAAGGGGAAAUUUGGGGUUAGAAGUACAAAGCAGAAUGAAAGAUGAGUAUAAAAAUAGUUGAAUAACUAAUAAAAAUAAACAGGAAGUAAUAAAAAGCCAGAGUUGGAUUCGGGUGAUGUGAACUGCUGUGAAGACUCAUGGACUGUGCAGGAACCUCCAAACUGUCCUGAAGUGCAUCUUUUGAGUCAAUGUUCUGCAGUUUGGGGGGUUGAAUAAACACAAAUGGUCCAGCGGUGAAGUUUGCACUCCCUCUGUGUGAACACUCGCUGUACAGCUAAAGGUUGAACUCUGCUGAUUUCCUGCAGGCAGACAGAUUGGUGUGAGAGGGAGCUCUGCAGGAAGAGGAAGCCAAAUGCUAUUUUUACUAUCGGCGCUUUAUUUUUGUGCGGCCUCCUUCUUUCUGCGAUCCAUCUCUGCGCUGUCUGACGGGACACAACUGGGGUAAUGCGGCCGAACGUACUGUACAUUCACAAUCCUCUUUCCAGUGACGUAUUUGGAAUACAACACUAUUGUAUCUACGAACAAUCCCAUUCUCUCAGCGUAUGUGUUUACAGGGGCACGCUCAGUGGAGAGGUCGGUUUUCGGGCUGAAUUGCGAGUUUAUUGAACUGCUGGUGUGGUAAUUUAAAAUAAAAGUUGAUUUUCUCUCUUGUGAGGGCAAUCCACACGUUUAUGUUUCAUGCGGAGAGUCCGACAGCCCUGAUGUUUGCCCCCCUGCUCCACCUCCUCCACCUCCCUGCUCUCUCUUGUCACCAUGUCUGCCUUGUCCUGACCCCUCCUGCAUUUUCCAGUGUGAAAUAAAAUACCAUUCUGGAAGUGUUCGAUGAA